AAAAGAGACACAACCCAGAGGGAUGUCCGCGCUAAUCAUGAUUUCUAUUUCGCUCGAUCCAGGGUUCCAUCGUCGCGCCUUACCCUUAUGUAGAAGCAACCACCGGCACUACGCUACAGUCUUCCCCUAACUCUCUUACAUAUGGGGACGCCGGCGCUCGAAAGUGAGAACAAAAUCUCUGAUGUAUACCGUUCACUGGGGCUUAAACAAUUGGGUAAACGAGUUGUUGGCGUUCCACGGGCUUUAUCACUUGUCUCUUCACUUCUUGAGAGAUCAAUUCAGAGAAAUGAGGAGCUAUUGGAGGCAAAACAUAUAAAAGAUGUUGUUACUGUGUUCCAUGGUUUCAGAGCACCGGCUCUCAGUGUUCGCAAGUACAUCGAUCGUAUCUUCAAAUACUCAGCCUGCAGCCCCUCCUGCUUUGUGGUAGCACGCAUCUAUGUUGAUAGAUACCUUCAGCGAACAGGAGUCAUACUGACUUCGCUUAAUGUGCAUAGGCUUCUGAUUACUAGCAUAAUGAUAGCAGCAAAAUUUAUGGAUGAUGCAUUCUUCAACAAUGCUUACUAUGCAAAAGUUGGAGGAGUAAGCACGUCUGAGUUAAACAGGUUGGAGAUGAACUUUCUGUUCAACGUGGAUUUCAGACUUCAAGUUAAUGUAGAGACAUUUGGAAGAUAUUGUUCGCAUCUGGAGAGGGAAGCUGCAGAAUCUUUUGAGAUUGAGCGGCCAAUGCAAGCGUGUCGAAUUAAAGAAUGCUGAUCAAGCAAAGAUGAUUCUGCUUGCGCUUCCCCUGUUGCGAGAUGAAGAUGCAGAAGCACUUCAAUCUAUUGCUGGAAAUUCCUUGACAAACUGGAAGAGAAUCAAUUUUGGAGUAUUCAAACAGGGAAAGAUUGCUAGGAAUUCAAUAUUUUAACGGAGUGCCAAAUUGGCGUAUGUUUAAUUUUAUUUUUGCCUUGAUCAAUGAGGACUGGCGAGAUGAUGUCUAUCUUUGUUCUCUUAAAGCUUGAAGGUGUGAUUUUUAAAAGUUGUCAUCAAGGAUGAGUAUGGUGUCCAUGGUGGCAUCUUCUCAUCUGCCAAAUUUCAAUCCCUUAGUUUUUGUUGGGAAGGAAAAAGUUGUGGUGAUUGUCACGAUUUAAUGUAAGUUUUUAACUUUAAUGUAAUUUUCUCUUUUCUCA